AUGGUAACCAAGGAUUUGAAUGUUGAGCAAGGAGUGAUGAUUAUUUCAGCUCAAGUCAGUGCCAUCAUUCAGAACAAGAUCCCAAAAAAACUCCCUGAUCCAGGUAGUUUUGUUCUUGAUUGUACAAUCUUCAAUGAGAGGUUUGCUAGAUCUUUGUGUGAUCUUGGUUCCAGUGUCAACUUAAAGCCUAGAUCAGUAGCACUCAUCCUUGGGAUGACAAAUUUCCAACCCACCAAGAUUACUUUUAUACUUGCUGACCGUUCAUUUCGCAUUCCUGAUGGUAUUCUUGAAGAUUAUGAAGAAGAGCCUAAGGAUCCUCUAAUCUUGGGAAGAUCAUUCUCAGCCACUGCUGGAGCUAUUAUUAAUGUCAAGAAAGGACAGAUUGGCCUUAAUGUUGGAGACUUGCAGAUGCGUUUUGACAUGGAUAAGCUGGUUAAGAGGCCAACAAUAGAUGGUCAAACUUUUUAUGUGGAUACAUUGUCUAAUCUUGCUGAAGAGAUUUUCAAGGAGCUGCAUCCUGAGGAUCCUCUUGACAGAGCAUUGGUUACUUCUGCUGAAGAAGCUGAGCAUUUAGAUGACAUUGCUGCUGGGUAUGUCAAGCUACUUGAUGCUAAUGAGCAAGUAAAGAAGUUGGUUGCACAAGAGGAAUUGGUUGGUACUUCUUCACAAGCUGAGAAACUAUCAGAUUGGAACCUUGAGAAAGCUCCAAAACUGGAUCUCAAGCCACUUCCUGCAGGAUUAAGGAUUCAUCUUGAGGAAGGAGCUAAGACAUCUAUUGAGCAUCAUAGGAGGCUAAAUCCAAAUUUGCAAGAUGUUGUCAAGAAGGAGAUCAUGAAAUUUCUGAAUGCCGGGAUUAUCUACCCAAUUUCUGAUAGUAAAUGGAGAUGUAUGAUGUCCAUCUUCACAGAUAUGAUUGAAGAUUACAUGGAGGUUUUCAUGGAUGACUUUUCUGUUUAUAGGUAUUCAUUCAAGAGCUGUUUGGAUAAUCUCUGUAAAGUGCUAGCUAGAUGUGAGGAGAGGCACUUAGUUCUUUAUUGGGAGAAAUGCCAUUUUAUGGUUAGAGAUGGUAUAGUGCUUGGUCACAGGGUUUCAGAGGCUGGGUUCUACAGACGUUUCAUCAAAGAUUUCAGUAAAAUAGCUAGACCACUUUCAGCUCUACUAUGCAAGGAUGUCAAGUUUGAGUUUACUGAUGAAUGCCGUUUAGCUUUUGAACGGAUUAAGCAGGAGCUUGUGAUGGGAGCAAUGCUAGGACAGAGGAAGGAUAAGAAACUUCAUGUUAUUUACUAUGCUAGUAGAACACUUGAUGAUGCUCAAAAGAAUUAUGCAACAACAGAGAAGGAGCUGCUAGCAGUAGUGUUUGCUUUUGAGAAGUUUCGUUCUUACUUGGUUGGAUCAAAGGUAAUAGUGCAUACAGAUCAUGCUGCACUCAAAUACUUGAUGCAGAAAAAGGAUGCCAAGCCAAGGUUACUAAGAUGA